ACCCCAGAGACAGCUCAAAUUAAUUUCCCCUCAAUGAAGCAAAUUGCGUUGAUGUCCGCCUGCUUUGUCAUGUAACGCUAACCUAACGCUGCUUUAUAUGUAAACGUGCAUAAAAGGCCCAAAGCGCUAAGACUGCUUUUUCCAACACUUGUUGGCUUUGCAAGCGAGUCAGGUCUGUAACACAGGACCCACAGCACUGCACGCCAGACUCCAUUUGGAUCGCUCACAAACUGACGCCGCUCCUCGGAUAACAAGCUAAAGCUUUUGCUGCAGUUCUUUCACAACAAGAUCAACCUCGGGAAUAUUUAGUGGCAACUUCUUUCGGUCUGUGUGCCAAGAUGGGAAACGGACUGUCGGAUCAUCGCUCGCUGCUCCCCUGCCUCCCCUGCUUUCAGGCUCUUCACAUUGUCAUUCUAGGACUGGACUGUGCAGGCAAGACCACUGUGCUGUAUCGCCUGCGUUUCAAUGAGUUUGUGAACACUGUCCCGACCAAGGGAUUCAACACAGAGAAGAUCAAAGUGUCUCUUGGAGGCAGCCGUCGGACUGCGUCUUUCCACUUCUGGGACGUAGGCGGCCAGGAGAAGCUGCGGCCUCUGUGGCGCUCGUACACGCGCUGUGCUGAUGGCAUUGUGUUUGUGGUGGACUCGGUGGAUGCCGAGCGCAUCGAGGAAGCCAAGGCAGAGUUGCACAAAAUCACACGGCUGGCAGAGAACCAGGGUGUGCCGGUCCUUGUGGUGGCUAACAAACAGGACCUGCGCAAUUCUCUUAGUUUGCCUGAGAUGGAGAGCAUGUUGUCUCUAGGUGAGCUCAACACUGCCACACCCUGGCACCUUCAGCCUGCUUGUGCCAUUAUCGGCGAGGGGCUGCAGGAGGGACUGGAGAAGCUCCAUGCCAUGAUCAUGAAGAGGAGAAAGGUGCUGCGGCAGCAAAAGAGGAAGAGAUGAUGUGCUAGUAGAGGAACUACAAACUAUGAGCAGAAUCUAAAGCUGCACAAGUACGGCUGAAUACAACACUGGGUUUAGCUGGAACAGUGAUACCCAUUCUGUCAGUUGCCCCUUUUUGUUUGGGUCUGUUCCUUCAACUGAAAUGGCUUAAAGUUAGCCGGUGCUCCCACUGAGGACAGUGCAAUGGAUUCUGAAUGCAAACAGUCAUUCUAAAGUUAGUGCAGCAAUACGCCGAACUCUCAAAGAAGGACAAAAAGCUUUUGUUGUGUUUAUUUGUUGAAACAUGCGCUGUACCAACUUAAAAACAAUCAAAUAAGUCUCGAUCGUGUAUAUUCCACCAAAGCUCUGAAAGUUGACAACGACUCACUAAGUACAGAAUCACUACUGACUCCUAGAAACAGCGUCACGUGUCACAAUCGCUACAGUUGAAUAGAAGCUAUUUUUCAGAGGUGCGCCUGUGUUCCUGCUGACACGUCUCGAUGACAUGACAAGAGUACACUUACACUAAUUGAUUCUCAUCAUCUGGCUACUGUUUAAACAUAACAGUAAUCUGAUUCUUCACUUGACAGCAGUGUCAAAAGACCAAAAUGUGACUCAUGUGAGUUGUUUUCUUAGCAUGAGGCUGCUUUUCAAUCAACUGCACCAAAAAAGGGCUUUAUAUACUCUCUGAUAUUAGUUUAUAUUACAAAAUGUAGUCAAUAAUUGACGUUAGUGCUCAAAUAUUUAAAGCUAACAACUAUAACUACUGUCAUAAAAAACCACAGUGAGAAGUCAGAGUCACACUUGGAGUAAGAUGACAAUCAGUCAGCAUUAUACUUUUUGAUAUGCAAGUGUCAUCUGCAUUGCUGCUAAGAUGUUCGUUUUCAGGUCACCAGCCACAUUUCUUCAUUUAUUAAGUUCUUCAGGGUCAUGUCUCCUUGUAUUGCAGAACAUAGACUGGACCCACAUGCUUUACUUGCAUUGUUGUAACGUCUAAGCCCGUCCUGUGAUUACUGUGCCACUGUCAGUGCUGCUAACAUUGGAUAAAAACUGUGAUGUUAAACGUCAUCUGAGAAUUUAUUUUCAUGUUCAGUGAGUAGUGAUUGUUUCUUGUUUUUUUACUUCCUUUCAUGUUUGGAAUUUUUGUUGUAAGGCAUUAAUAAUACACUUUUAAAAAGUAAUGCUCAAGUACUUUUUUGGACAUCGAUUAACAUGAUCAGAGUGGAAGCGUCGAAGCGUUUGGGUGUAUGUAACUGUCAGUGAGAUAAAAGGCUGAGCAGUUCUUACUGAUUGAGUUAAGGAUUCGCAGCCACCGGCUUUUGCACGUCUCAGUGCUAUGAACGCGAGCUUGUUCGCUUAUUCAAAGGUAGCCUAACGAGGCUUUACAAGUUUACAAUUUGGUAACUUUGUGGGGAAAACAGAAGCAAACUCGGUGUCACUGGUUCCAGCUGCACCACAUGUGCUGUUGAAGGUAAACGUGUUAUCGUGUGUCCUUGUGUGUAAGCAAAUGGGUUGUGUAGCACCAAACUACAGGACUGCAUCCAAAGUCGGGGUGCCCAUGGAUGACCGUGAUGGACAAUUAUUUGCUAUAAAACACGACUUUGAUUCCACUUCUUCAAAGGAAGGGAAUUGUACAUCAUGUGUUCAGUUAUACUAAUAAAAGUACAUUUGUAAAUC